GUGUGUUUGUAGAAGAAAGAGGGUGGGGUAAGCAUUCCCCAGUAUUUUUCAUUGCUUGGUGGGCCCGCGUUGCUCCAAUCCAUUCCUCUUUCCCCGACCCGAACCUAGAGUCAGACUCACCACGUAUCUACACUUUAAUGACGCCGCAGUAACACCGACGGAGGAGACACUACCGGCGGCGGAGUCCACAUCGGAGAGAGCGUAAAGAUGGAGUUGACAAUCACACAACCUGAUGAUUGGCAUCUUCAUCUUCGUGACGGUGCUCUUCUUCAAGCUGUAACCCCUCACAGCGCAAAACAUUUUGGAAGAGCUAUAGUUAUGCCAAAUUUGAAACCACCUAUCACUACCACAGCUUCCGCUAUUUCUUAUCGUGAAUCUAUUUUGAAAGCCAUACCUAAAACUUCCAAUUUCACCCCUCUCAUGACACUUUAUCUCACUGAUGUUACAUCACCUCAUGAGAUUCAACUUGCUAAAAAAAGUGGAUUUGUUUAUGGUGUGAAGUUAUAUCCUGCUGGUGCUACAACGAAUUCCCAAGAUGGUGUUACAGAUAUUUUUGGAAACUGUUAUUCUGUUCUUGAGGAAAUGGUUGAGCAAGGUUUACCAUUAUUGGUUCAUGGAGAAGUUACAAAUACAGAAGUUGAUAUUUUUGACCGGGAAAAGGUCUUUAUUGAAACAAUUUUAGAGCCUUUAAUUCAAAGGCUUCCGCAGUUGAAGGUUGUGAUGGAGCAUAUUACUACCAUGGAUGCUGUUAAAUUUGUAGAGUCUUGCAAAGAAGGUUAUGUAGCAGCAACUGUUACACCUCAACAUAUUCUUCUCAAUCGCAAUGCUUUGUUCCAAGGUGGCUUACAGCCUCACAAUUUCUGUCUUCCCGUGCUUAAAAGAGAGAUCCACAGACAGGCUAUUGUUGCAGCUAUCACUAGUGGAAGUAAACGAUUUUUCCUUGGAACCGAUAGUGCUCCACAUGAUAGGCGUAAAAAGGAGUGUUCUUGUGGAUGUGCUGGCAUAUACAACUCCCCAGUUGCUCUAUCGCUAUAUGCUAAGGUUUUUGAAGAGGCUGGUGCACUUGACAAGCUUGAGGCUUUUACAAGUUUUAAUGGACCCGACUUCUAUGGUAUCCCCAGAAACAAGUCAAAGAUAAAACUGAGGAAAUCUCCUUGGAAAGUACCCGAGUGUUUUUCAUUUCCAUUUGGAGAUAUUAUUCCCAUGUUUGCCGGUGAAACACUUGAAUGGGAGGCAAUGCUUGUCUGACUGGUCUCCAACUCUCCGCAGUUUGUUCGUUAGGUACCAUUUAUUGGAGUCUGUUACUCUAGUUAGUUGCCUUGAUUACUGAACCUGAUAGCUUGUAUCUAUCAACUGGUCGCACUCGUAGUUUCAGUUUAACUUUGAACUGGCAUGUCUAUUUGAAAGUUUGGUAUCUUGCAGCUUAAAUAACUGACUGUUGAAAUGGGAAUUUAAUAAUUUAUGUGGGCAUUCAGAGAAUCAGAACUAUGUUCAGGCAAUUUUGUUGUUUUAAAUAUAAGUAUCAGUUUGUAAAAUUU